CUCUGCUGCCGGUGGCCGGGGCUAAGAGCAGCAGCCCGAGGCAGACGCGGCUAGAGAGUGGGUGGCAGCCCCGAGGAGGAGGAGGAGGAGGAGGAGAAGCCGGCGCCAUGCGUGAGAUUGUGCAUAUCCAGGCCGGGCAGUGUGGGAACCAGAUCGGGGCCAAGUUCUGGGAAGUCAUCAGCGAUGAGCACGGCAUUGACCCCACCGGCAGCUACCAUGGAGACAGUGACCUGCAGUUGGAGAGAAUCAACGUCUACUACAAUGAAGCAACCGGUAACAAGUAUGUUCCCCGCGCUAUCCUUGUUGACUUGGAGCCCGGAACAAUGGACUCAGUCAGGUCUGGACCAUUCGGCCAGAUCUUUAGGCCUGACAACUUUGUCUUUGGCCAAAGUGGUGCUGGGAACAACUGGGCCAAGGGCCACUACACAGAGGGGGCUGAGUUAGUGGACUCUGUGCUGGAUGUGGUUAGGAAAGAGUCUGAGAGCUGUGACUGCCUGCAGGGCUUCCAGCUCACCCAUUCGCUUGGUGGCGGCACAGGAUCUGGGAUGGGCACCCUUCUCAUCAGCAAGAUCAGGGAAGAAUAUCCCGACAGGAUCAUGAACACCUUCAGUGUAAUGCCGUCGCCCAAGGUGUCGGACACAGUGGUUGAGCCAUACAAUGCCACCCUUUCCGUCCACCAGCUGGUGGAGAACACAGAUGAAACCUACUGUAUUGACAAUGAGGCGCUGUAUGACAUCUGUUUCCGCACACUGAAACUCACCACACCGACCUAUGGGGACCUGAACCACUUGGUCUCAGCCACCAUGAGCGGAGUCACCACUUGCCUCCGGUUCCCCGGCCAACUCAAUGCAGAUCUUCGCAAGCUGGCGGUCAAUAUGGUUCCUUUCCCCCGCUUGCAUUUCUUCAUGCCAGGCUUUGCUCCCCUGACCAGCCGUGGCAGCCAGCAGUACCGGGCCCUGACAGUGCCAGAGCUCACCCAGCAGAUGUUUGAUUCUAAAAACAUGAUGGCGGCCUGUGACCCACGCCAUGGGCGCUAUCUGACGGUGGCGGCCAUUUUCCGUGGAAGGAUGUCCAUGAAAGAAGUAGAUGAGCAGAUGCUCAACGUCCAGAACAAGAACAGCAGCUACUUUGUGGAAUGGAUCCCCAACAACGUGAAGACAGCAGUGUGUGACAUUCCACCACGAGGCCUCAAAAUGUCUGCCACAUUCAUUGGCAACAGCACUGCCAUCCAGGAGCUAUUCAAGAGGAUCUCCGAGCAGUUCACAGCCAUGUUCAGGCGCAAAGCCUUCUUGCACUGGUAUACCGGUGAGGGCAUGGAUGAAAUGGAGUUCACAGAAGCUGAGAGCAAUAUGAAUGACCUGGUCUCCGAAUACCAGCAAUAUCAAGAUGCUACUGCUGAUGAGCAAGGCGAAUUUGAAGAGGAAGGCGAGGAGGAUGAGGCUUAGGUUUGAAGAUGAUUUAUUUCAAUUAGACAAGUGUCUGGGGUGAGGCCUGUUAAGCUGUGCUGGUGCAUGCUUUUUCAGUUAUAUUUGGUGCUUUUUACUGUUGCCUCUGUCAGCAGUUUUGUAACUUCACCCUUUAUGUAACAGUAGUUUCAAAAUACUUCUGAAAAAGUCUUCUGUCUAAAAAUCUUAUCUCAAACAUAAAAGGCAUUUGUGUUUCA